AUGAAUGAUUUUAGUGUUGAGAUUAGCAGUGACCUGGUUAAUAGCCUUGCUGACAAUGACGAUAAGUUGAAGAAGAACAUUAAAAGAACUAGAACUAUGUCACCAUGGGUGCCUCAACAACCUCAUACCAAAACAAACCAGAAGCAGGUUUCUGAUGGUUUUGAAACACACAAGGGAUCUAGUGCUACAAGAUGGCCACUUCAGCCUCUGAUGUUCUUGCCGGUAGCCCCUCCUGCGCAAUCUACGCGUGCAGAGAUGGAUGCAAUUCGAUCAGUCCUUCAAGAGAGCGAGCGGGUUGUGGAGAGGUUGUAG